CGCUGACCCGGAAGCCCUCGGGCGGCGCGGCGCGGCGCGGGCGUCUUUCAGUGGGGACGGCCAGCUGGGCACCAUGGUCUUCCUCACGACGCAGCUCUGGCUGCGGAGCCGCGUCACCGACCGCUACUGGCGGGUGCAGGAGGUGCUGAAGCACGCGCGGCACUUCCGGGGGAGGAAGAGCCGCUGCUACCGGCUGGCUGUCCGGGCUGUGAUCAGAGCGUUUGUGAAAUGCACGAAAGCCCGGAGACUGAAGAAGAGGAUCCUGAGGACGCUCUGGAUUAAUCGAAUUACAGCUGCUUCCCAGGAACACGGCCUGCAUUACCCAGCGUUCGUUGGCAGUUUAAUUAAGUGCCAGGUGGAGCUCAACAGGAAAGUGCUGGCUGACCUGGCCAUCUAUGAACCAAAGACUUUUAAAUCCUUGGCUGCUUUGGCCAAAAGGAGGCGAGAGGAAGGAUUUGCCGCUGCCUUGGGGGACGGGAAGGAGCCGGAAGGCAUAUUUUCCAGAGUGGUGCAGUACCACUGAGGGGACGCUGACACACCGGCCCUCUGCAGCUGGUUUCGUAGGAAGAGGCGUUUCCCCCGUGAUCGUAAUUGAAACGGGCUAAGAAUCCUUUGCCAAGAAUGGUUAAGUUUGGUUCGUAGCUGUGUUACUCAUUUCAGUAACCGAGAGAGAAAAGGCUUGUCUAUCCUCCUCGGGACAGACCAGUGACCGCUUGUCGAUUGUGUCAAUAAAGCUUGUGUGCUGGUCA